CUUACAUUUUCCAGUCGGUACCUUCCUGCACCAGACGUGAUUGACUGACGACGGAGGGAGUAGACGAGGGCUCCCGCUGAUUUUCGGCGUGAAAUUUUCCUCGACUUUUUAGAGUCACUUUUUUCUUCCAUCUGAAUCCAAGUGUGAGGAUUUGCUACAUUUUAUACGGAUCAGGAAGCUGUGACGGCCGUGGUUUAAGGAAAGGAACAUGGCUUCCCAGGCUGAUUUGAUGGAGCUGGACAUGGCCAUGGAGCCAGACCGGAAGGCAGCAGUCAGCCACUGGCAACAACAGUCCUACCUGGAUUCAGGCAUCCAUUCAGGAGCCACGACUACAGCUCCCUCCCUCAGCGGCAAAGGAAAUCCUGAAGACGAGGAUCUUGACAACAACCAGGUCAUGUUCGAGUGGGAGCAGGGCUUCAACCAGAAUUUCUCCCAGGAUCAAGUACAAGACUUGGAUGGUCAGUAUGCCAUGACUCGUGCCCAGCGGGUGCGUGCAGCAAUGUUCCCAGAGACUCUUGAGGAGGGCAUGCAGAUUCCUUCCACACAAUAUGAUGCAGCAAAUCCUACCAACGUCCAGAGACUAGCAGAACCUUCACAAAUGCUCAAACAUGCCGUGGUCAAUCUGAUAAACUACCAGGACGACGCUGAGCUCGCAACCAGAGCAAUACCAGAGCUCACCAAAUUACUCAAUGAUGAGGACCAGGUUGUUGUGAACAAAGCAGCCGUGAUGGUACACCAGCUAUCAAAAAAAGAAGCUUCCCGUCACGCCAUCAUGCGCUCCCCUCAGAUGGUGUCAGCCAUCGUCAGGACAAUGCAGAACACAAACGACGUAGAGACGGCCCGCUGCACUGCAGGGACUCUCCACAACCUCUCCCAUCACAGAGAGGGGCUGUUGGCUAUCUUCAAGUCUGGAGGAAUCCCGGCGCUAGUCAAAAUGCUUGGUUCACCAGUGGACUCUGUCCUGUUUUAUGCUAUCACCACUCUUCACAACCUCCUACUGCACCAGGAAGGAGCUAAGAUGGCAGUCCGUUUGGCCGGUGGUCUUCAGAAAAUGGUGGCCCUGCUCAACAAAACAAAUGUCAAGUUCCUUGCCAUCACCACAGAUUGUCUUCAAAUCUUGGCCUAUGGAAACCAGGAAAGCAAGUUAAUAAUCCUGGCCAGCGGGGGGCCCCAAGCAUUGGUCAACAUAAUGAGGACGUACACCUAUGAGAAAUUGCUGUGGACCACGAGCAGAGUACUCAAAGUCCUGUCAGUAUGCUCCAGUAAUAAACCUGCCAUUGUGGAAGCUGGAGGCAUGCAGGCUCUUGGACUCCACCUUACAGACCCAAGCCAGAGACUGGUCCAAAACUGUCUCUGGACUCUCAGGAACUUAUCGGAUGCGGCCACCAAGCAGGAGGGUAUGGAGGGUCUCUUGGGGACCCUGGUGCAACUUCUCGGUAGUGAUGACAUUAAUGUGGUGACCUGUGCUGCCGGCAUCCUCUCAAACCUGACUUGCAACAACUAUAAGAACAAGAUGAUGGUCUGCCAGGUGGGUGGCAUUGAGGCUCUUGUUCGCACUGUGCUUCGGGCCGGAGACAGGGAAGACAUCACAGAACCGGCCAUCUGUGCUCUGCGUCACCUCACAUCACGGCACCAAGAUGCAGAGAUGGCCCAGAAUGCAGUCAGGCUGCAUUAUGGGCUGCCAGUUGUGGUCAAAUUGUUGCAUCCGCCAUCACAUUGGCCCCUCAUUAAGGCUACAGUUGGUCUGAUCCGGAACCUGGCACUGUGCCCUGCAAACCACGCUCCUCUGAGGGAACAGGGAGCCAUUCCUAGGCUGGUUCAGCUGCUGGUCAGAGCACACCAGGACACACAGAGACGCACCAGUAUGGGUGGCACACAGCAGCAGUUUGUGGAGGGAGUUCGCAUGGAGGAGAUCGUGGAGGGUUGUACAGGAGCCCUUCACAUCCUGGCCAGAGAUGUCCACAACAGAAUAGUCAUUCGAGGACUUAACACAAUUCCACUCUUUGUACAGCUGUUGUAUUCUCCCAUUGAGAACAUCCAGCGCGUGGCAGCGGGUGUCCUGUGUGAACUGGCCCAGGACAAAGAGGCCGCUGAGGCCAUCGAGGCCGAGGGAGCCACCGCCCCGCUCACAGAGCUCUUGCACAGCCGCAAUGAAGGAGUUGCCACGUAUGCAGCAGCAGUCCUGUUCCGUAUGUCCGAGGACAAACCUCAAGACUACAAGAAACGCCUCUCCGUAGAACUCACAAGCUCGCUCUUCAGGACGGAACCAAUGGCCUGGAACGAAACUGCAGAGCUUGGUCUGGACAUUGGUGCUCAGGGAGAGCCUCUGGCCUACAGGCAAGAAGACCCAAGCUACCGUUCCUUCCACUCGGCAGGUUACGGCACAGACUCGAUGGGCAUGGAGCCCAUGAUGGACCAUGACUUGGGUGGGGGCCACCACCCCGGUCAUGACUACCCUCCUGUUGAGGGGCUUCCUGACCUGGGUCACUCCCAGGAACUGAUUGAAGGCCUACCACCUGGUGACUCCAACCAACUGGCCUGGUUUGACACAGACUUGUAAAUACCAAGACCAGCAUAACUCAACACGUCCUACUCUAGCUGUAUUAUGUGAUCCGGAUGAACCUGAAUCUUGAUUCUCCCACAUGGAGGAGGCAGGGUUUUAGAAAGUGCCUGACGAUGACCCAUCCUGUCUAUAGGAGAUCCAUUGGGACAAAUUUGAGUUUUCUUCUGGUUUUCGCCAGAGGAUGGUCGGUUGACUUGAAAUCCUGAUGCCACAAAUGUAUUUGUAUUUGUUUGCGUUUGAAAUACCCUUUUUAUGUACUUUUCCAUUUUUUAUUCUUUUGUUUUUAUAUCUCGCCCAUUAAGUCUGUAAUGGUACAAAAAUGAUUUUAGCUUUUUUUUCCUCACAUUUCUCCAUAUUAUUGCAUUUGUUUUGUUGUAUCAUUUGCUUAGUCUCUAGUGGUUUUUUUUUGUUUUUUUGGUGAUGAUGCUCCACCCAAGUAAUGUACAUGACCACAUUUUAAAUGGUGUCCAAAACGCUAAGGUAAAUCAUUUGCAUUGUAACAUUGUGUAGUUUUUGUAUAAAACAUUGGAAGUCAUGGUCCAAAUAUCGAGCUAUUUUCUUGCUUUAAAGUUGGGGACACCAAGGUGUCUCUGCUGUUCCAAAGGGGGUGUAGCUGGCCAAGCUGACGGAGGGCUGUUACUGGUCUGUUACUAAAGGGGUGUGGGGGGCUAGUUUAGUUUGAGGAGGUCAUUGCUGUAGCCUGCUGUGUUCUGAAUCAAUAAAAUGGACUCAUUAUUUCAA